GUGCAUGUUGCGCUUGCGUACAUCCGGGACCCGGCCGCUCUGUGCGCUUGCUGAUGCAAGAGAGCUGAGCCGAGCGCGGUGGUGGCGGUAGUACCUCCGGGAGGCAACGGACUGGCUCUGUGAGCGGCGUCGUAGUGACCGGCUUCGGCGAUUGACCCUCCUCCGAUUCCGUAGCGCGCGCUGUGCGAGCCCGGCCCGCAGCCAUGUCGGGAGACGAGAUGAUUUUUGAUCCCACUAUGAGCAAGAAGAAGAAGAAAAAGAAGAAGCCCUUCGUGCUGGAUGAAGAAGGAGGAGAGACACAAGCAGAAGAGACACAGUUAUCAGAAACAAAGGAGGUGGAACCAGAACCAACAGAGGACAAAAAUAUAGAAGCUGAUGAAGAGGACAGUAGGAAGAAAGAUGCAUCAGAUGAUCUGGAUGACUUAAACUUCUUCAACCAAAAGAAAAAGAAGAAGAAAACAAAAAAGAUGUUUGAUAUAGAUGAAGCAGAAGAGGGUAUAAAGGAUUUAAAAAUUGAAGGUGAUUUCCAAGAGCUGGUGGAACCAGAAGAUGACCUUGAUAUCAUGCUUGGCAACAAAAAGAAAAAGAAGAAGAAUAUGAAGUUUCCAGAUGAAGAUGAAAUAUUGGAAAAGGAUGAAGCUCUGGAGGAUGAAGACAGCAAAAAAGAUGAUGGAAUUUCUUUUAGCUUUCAUACUGGACCUGCAUGGGCAGGUUCAGAAAGGGACUACACGUACGAUGAGUUGCUGAAUCGAGUAUUUAACAUAAUGCGGGAAAAGAAUCCAGACAUGGUAGCUGGAGAAAAAAGAAAAUUCGUCAUGAAACCUCCACAGGUUGUAAGAGUAGGAACCAAGAAAACAUCAUUUGUCAACUUUACAGAUAUCUGUAAACUAUUGCAUCGUCAGCCAAAACAUCUCCUGGCAUUUUUGUUGGCUGAAUUGGGUACAAGUGGCUCAAUAGAUGGUAACAACCAACUUGUAAUCAAAGGACGAUUCCAACAAAAACAGAUAGAAAAUGUUUUGAGAAGAUACAUCAAGGAGUAUGUUACCUGUCAUACGUGUCGGUCACCAGACACAAUUCUACAGAAGGACACAAGAUUAUAUUUCUUGCAGUGUGAGACCUGCCAUUCUCGCUGCUCUGUUGCCAGCAUCAAAACUGGUUUCCAGGCUGUCACAGGCAAGAGAGCGCAGCUCCGUGCCAAAGCUAACUAGUUUGCUAAUUGACACUGGAUUUUGCAAUGUGUUCUGGGGAGAUGUGACUGGACAGGUUUACAAUCGGAGUGGAUUUACCAUUGUAUUAAAAACAAGAUUGUAAAAGAUACCAAGAUAUUUGGCUUUUGAUUGAUUGAUUGAUUGGUCUGUGAAAACCUUGCAAGAUGCAGAUCCUCAAGCUUUCACAUACAUUUGCUCACUGAAUAUAUUUUACCAACUGUCAGAGAAACGUGAUGGGAAAGGAGGUGCUUUUUAAUCCAUUCAUAGACUUCUGUAAAAUGCAAGAUAAAUUAAAGUUAUUAUAACAGUGACUGUCUUUCAUUUGAAUUUUUCCUCCAGUUUUUCUCUCUAAGCUGUACCUGACAAUUGCCAUGAACACAAUUUUACUAUGACUACAUGCAGACUGUGUUAAUGAAUUAUGUCCAAAGAGCAGGAUAAGACUUAAGCACACACUUCAGAGUGUCCUUUUUUCAUUUAGCAAGCUCCUUUUUAGGGAGCCUAUAGCUAGAACAGACAAACUAGUUGUUAUACAAAAGAGAUACUGGCUGAUGCCCAAUGGCUAUAACAGUCAUGUCCAUGUGUAAACUGUUUUUUUUUUAUAUACAUGUAAGGAUUCCUGGUUACUUUCCCUCACUACUCCUGUGCUUUCAUCCUUUGCUGCUAUGAGAACUGGCUUACAAAGUUAUAAGCUGUUCAGCGUCAACUUCCCUUAAUGUUUGUGUUCAUACAGCUAUUAAGGACACUUUAUUUGCUAAAUGCCGCUGAACAGUUUGGUACAGUUUAUUAAGGAGAAAACAUAACCCUUAGGUAGUUCAGAAGAUCAGCCUGGAUGCCAUGUUGGUACUGAAUGUACGCCUAGUGAGUUGGUAAACUAUUGUAAACAUUCACAGUGUCACUGUACUAAAUUUACAGAUUCUCCUAUGUGAAUUUCUCUCUCUUCUCACUUAAUUCUGUGCCUUGCACUACUUUAAAUAACUAAUCAAGUUAAAUGAAGCAAAAAUGAACAGGUUAUAUCAGUAACUUUUUAUUACAUACUAGCUCCAUUACAAUGGAAAUGUCAAAAUAGUGUCAAAUUUUAACUCGAGACUAGCAGUUGUUUUGGGUUCCAGAUUUAAUACACAAAAGUUGUAUAGUGUAAGACAUGCACCUUUCUCCACUAGCAGAAGGUGUUUUUAGAAAAGAGAAUUCUGACACUGAUUUAAAAAAAACAGUAACCCACUGAACUUAGUGUAAGUCUUACACACAGCUGUACACUCAUCUUACUGUCUAGUACAUGCAGUAAAUGCUGCUCUCUUCAGUUUUCUUGCCUAGGAAUCUAGUUAAAACUGUUUAAACGCUAGCUGGGAAUAGGAAAGCAUGCUUUCCAUUUUAGUACUGUCACCUACAAAACAUGAUUUCUAUUUGAAUAACUAACCUCUAAAAUUGAAGUGUAGUGCCAGUCUAGGGAGUAAUUCGGCAGCAGGCUGGUGGCUUGAUGGGAGUUGAAUGGCUUCCCUGCAUGUAACCAUAGUAUCUAUCUAUGCACCUAGUAAAUGAAGUGUGGAUGGCCAUAUUACUGACUCAUUUUAAGGCUGAAAUUGAAGGGUUUCUGUUCUGAGUUUUUUAAUCUUUAUUUGUAUCUAUACUAAUAUAAAAUCCAGUUUUGCUGGUAAACCAUUUUUAUUUGCUAUUUGGAAACUACUUGACAAUACAGUGCAGUUAAAGUCAAGGUUUUAUAGCUCGUUUCUUAAAAGCAUUUUGAAUUUGAAGAGUGAGCUGUAACCAAUGUUGGAUAUUUCUUUAAGUGAAUAAAACCAGGAUCAGUGCCUCUUGUGUAACAUAA